GGGUCGGUACCCCAGCUAGGCUCCCCGCGUUCUCCGGUCGUAAUGUUCUUUCUAUCUUCAUAAAUUCUCUCUUGGACUUAGCCGUUUUUUUGUGAAGUGACUGACUGUUCCUAAAUGUGAUGAAGACUUUAAAAUUUAAAGUGUGACUUUAGAUGUUCGAGAUGAAUUAGUUGCUGCUUGCAGGCAGUAUGGGGAGAUUGGCGCCACUGGUGAUACGGUUGGCCACCGUGUCACUAGUGGCGUUUGUCCUUGCCGAAACUGGCAAUGGAGGCGACCAGUCGGCGGCGAGAGUCGACCAGUCGGUGGCGAGAGUCGACCGGGACACUGCUCUACCAGCGCCCGGGACUGCUCCGCCACCACCUCGCCGCGCCGGCAAACGCGAACGUAACCGUAAACGAACCACGACCACCACCACCACGACGGUAGAUCCAGACAAACAUGAUGUCGGGAAUGUACCCACUACCGUCACCACGACGACAACCGCUGACCCAAGGACCCAGGACCAUACUGAAGGAGGAAGUUGCUACGUGCCGCUCGGGAUGGAAAAUGGAAUGAUUUCCAAUGAAUCCCUUUCGGCUAGUUCCAGCUACGAUCAAAGUGUUUCGCCGCUAAGUUCAAGAAUCCGUACGGAGAUCAAGGGAGGUGCUUGGUGUCCAAACGGUUUGAUCUCGCCGAAGAGUCGCCAAUUCCUCGAGAUCGACCUACGUGACGAAUACCUAAUUACUGGCACCGAGUCUCAAGGCAGGUUCGCUAACUCCGUUGGGGUAGAAUUUGUCGAGAGCUACUCGGUCGAAUACUGGCGACUCGCUCUCAACCGGUGGAUCAAAUACAAAGAUUUCAACGGCAGCAGGUUGAUAUCUGGUAACGUGAACACCUACACCCCCCGAAAAUCGACACUCGAAGCCCCGUUCAUCGCUUCAAAAGUACGCUUUUUCCCGUACGCAGCGCAUCCUCGGACGGCUUGCAUGAGAGUGGAACUUUAUGGUUGUAAAUGGAAACAAGAUGUAAUUGCAUACUCGGCCCCGAAGGGCGGGGAUAUGCAAGCGAUGACCGGUGGUGCUCGGUUUGAAGACCUCGGCUACGACGGGACUUUCCGAGAGGGCCGACUAAUUAAUGGCCUCGGUCAGAUGACGGACUCCUUGUUGGGACCAAACGAUUUUGAACUACCUGACCAGUUAGAUACAAGAGGAUCCCGAUGGGUCGGAUGGAACAAAACGAUGUCAAUUGACGAAGAAGUUACAUUAACCUUCAACUUUAGCGAGCCUCGCCUGUUCUACCACAUGGAUGUCCAUACUAACAACAUGUUCACCAAAGACGUCCAGUUAUUCAAAGAAGCCGAGGUAUACUUCUCCCUAGAAGGAGAGCGUUGGCAGGAAGACUAUGUGUCUCACGAACCGAAGCAGGACAGGGUGUCAGAGCAUGCCCGGAUCGUGCAUAUCGAUCUACAAAAUCGUACUGCCAAGCAUAUUAUGAUGAAGCUCAGGUUCCAACAUGAGUGGAUUUUAAUCAGCGAAGUCAGCUUCAAGUCUGUUCCGACCUGGGUGAACACCUCAGCCGAGUUUCUUGAGGAAUAUUAUAGGAGCGAUAUUCCUCCAUCAUCGAGGAAGAAGAGAAACUCAUCUCUGAGAGUUUCAGUGGGUCUAGCUUGCGGCGCCCUAGUGGGAGGAGGGGCAUUUAUCGCAGCAACCGUGGUGCUCCUAACCAAAAAGACCAGGCGGAGGAUACCGAACGUAUUAAAGAAACCAUUUUGUCCAUCCUUACGGCAUGGCAGCUCGAGUUCUAGGAACAAUCGUAGGACUCCAAGACUUGCCCUUGCCCUAGCAAACUGUCCUCCAAUACACAUGCUGAGACCGGCAGUCGUCGAUGAAGAUUAUAGAGAACCAUACAACAUUUGGAGGGAAACCCUCGGCCGUCGGGACAAACGGGAGUCACAUGAUCAACACGAGUACAACGAAAUCUGCGAGGACAACGAGUUCCCCAGACCCUACAUGAUGAAACGACCUGAUCCGCACGAAAGUUUCUACGCUGCUACAGAUAUAAUACAUCAUACAUACCCGGAAGAACGCGCUUGCCGCCGUGAGAAGCCAGUUCCAGGCCUCUUCACAUCCAUCAAACUUCCUGAAGCCGAGCCCCCAAACGGAGUGGCGCCCCUGCUGGACUUCCCGCGGGGGCGCAUGCGACCGAUAACCUUCCUUGGAGAGGGCCCACAUGGGAGUCUCCAGAUAUGCGAGACCGAUGGAAUCGAAGAAUUGUCGGACGAGGAGUCACCGACUGGCGGACGCCGCCGCCUCGUUGUUGUGAAGACGUUGUGGCGCGGCUGCCAUAGCGAAGUGAAAGCGGCAUUUGCCCGCGAGGCUACCUGGGGUGCAGGUUUGAAGCACCCUCAGCUAGCCAGAGUGCUAGGCUUGAGCUUGUUAGAACCACCAUGCGCAGCCCUAGAUCGCGGAGAUGCCGCCCCACUGCCCACGAUUUUGAGAUCGGACCGGAAAUUGAGCUACUCGAGUCUUAUACACGUAUGCUGCCAAAUUGCCGCCGGCAUGAAAUAUCUAGAAUCCUUCGAACUAGUCCAUCGCGAUUUAGCAGCUCGUAACGUGACCGUGACUGAAGAACUCCAUGUAAAAGUAUCCGACUACGCAAUGUUCUGUGAAGAAUUCGUAACCGACUAUCACAUUAUGGCUGACGGUUCCCGCAUACCACUUCGGUGGAUGGCAUGGGAAAGCUUAUUGAUGGGCAUGUGCUCGCCAGCCAGCGACGUUUGGUCGUUCGGUGUAACCGUGUGGGAAGUCCUAACAUACUGCUCGGCCAAACCGUUCGAAGAGAUGAACGAUGACCAGGUGGUCGCUAAUGCCAGCGAAUGGCGUUGUGGCGGACGUGGCGCCCGCGUGCCAGCCGCACCGCCCCCGCGCUGCCGCCGCGAGCUCUACGAUCUGAUGCACGAAUGUUGGCGCCGAGAGCCCAUGCAGCGCCCCCGCUUCCACGACCUACAUCGAUUCCUGGAACGAAUGACCCACGGCUACAAGCCACCCAACAACCGCUAAAUACCACGAUACUUCGCAAUAUCAAGCAGGUUGGCCCGAUAUUCGAAUGACCUUUUUUUGAUGUUCGAUUGCAUUGCUCUAAGAUUUAUUGCAACAAUAUUUAACCGAGCUUCGUAAAUUUCAAUAUAAUAAUAUACAUGUUAAUAGGUUAAGAACACGUAGCAUAUCCACAGCUUUUAAAUCGUCGUUCCCGUAUUAAUAUUUCACACAGACUGCAAAUAUAUACUAUGUAAACUGCAGUAUUAUCUCAAACAGUAUUAAAAUUCAUGCAUUUUAUUAGAUUCUAAGAUUGUACGUGCUAAAUGCCGUACCGCUUUGCAAUUUUUCGUGUAUUUGUGGCACGGCCAUUUUGGUGACCGGGUCAUGAGUAGGCGGAAUAGCGAUACCCGUAAUGGGACUUGUAUUCAAAGAUUUCAAAAACAGCGAUAGCGCCUAUGUUUUAUAUCGGAUAUCGAUGUUUUACAACUAGGAAUAGAUUUCUGAUUGGCACUGAAGGUAGGAACGAACAUCUGUAUAUGUAUUACAUAUUUCAAUUCUGCGUAUAGGAUACUAGCGAAUCUCUGAGUAUUGCAACGCGAAACAGAAAUUUAUUUGUAGCGAAGGUACCGAAGUGACUACCAAUAUUAUUGUUUGCUUUUAUGCCAAUCAUUUAGUCAAUACAAUUUAAUCAAGGUAUCCUCGCAUAGUAAUGUUGGUAGGGGCAUCGUCACUGCGUAAUUUUUCACGCUGUACCCAGCGCCCUUCGCCUAGUGCUCUCAUGAUCUUCCACUAUCACCGCCUCUACGGCAAACCCCUAAACUAUAGAUCACUACUUCAAUACGCGAAAACACUUGUAUUUUAAUCGAAGCACUGUAAUGUAUUUACUACCAGCACCUGUCAGUUUAAGAGUUGGAAUUUGCGGGUUGUUGCUGUUUCGCAUAUUGAGGUAGAGGUCUUCUGGAUCAGAAGCUGACUGCGCAUUGAAGUUGAGCAUAUACGAUUGGAAUCACAUAUAUUACUUGUGCCCGGUCCAUAUAAUCCCCCGGGUGCAAAAUGAUUCCCUCGUGGGUUGCUAAUAACGUGGCGCGCAGACAGCCUCUGUUCUAUAGUAUAUCCAAAAUCUAACUCCUAUUUUUUUAACCUGUUUUAAAUGUUAAGGUUGUAUACUUCGGAGGCGAGUAAAACCUCCAGGGCAAUAUUAGCCCCCUGUGCUUCUUGUUUUCUUGGUAACUGGCACAUGAUAUAGGUUGGAAUCACACCUGCCUCCGUAAAUAUCGAUGUAACAAAGCGAAUUUUAGAAAGAGAGAGUGAGAAAUUUGUAUUUUAGUAUUGUGACCACGGUCGUGUUUCGGCCGGGAAAAGGCCAAUAAAAUUGAGCGGAGAUUUAUCUAUUUUUGCUUUAAACUCAAUAUUUUCGGAUGCGGCAUGUGAUCUUAGGUCACAAGGUCUACAAAUGCCGAAUUACUAAAAUUAUUCUAGUAUCAGGUCUUGCCAUUUGGUCCCAUGAUUACAUCUCAUAGUCGUAAACAAACGCAUAAACAAACGAUGUUUCAAUGCCACAGUAUAUAACGCAACCGUUUAACAUGCAUGUAACCAAUUUAAGAACUAGUUAUACCCCUUCACUUCGCCCCAAAUUCAUCGACAGCAGCACCUAUAUCACUUUGCAUUAUUAUCGAUAGGUAUGUAUUAUAACUCCUUAAUUAAGCACUACACACGAAUAAAGUAAUAUCGUAACACAGUUUGAAGAAUGAAGCCAAAUAACUAAAUAAUUGCUCAUAUUGAAAAUACCAUUCACGAUUUCAAUUCCUAAAACUGAUUUGGCGCUUCAAGUUUGUGAAUACAGCGCGGUGUAAGCAAGCUCGAACCAUCAUGUAUGUAGUAAUUCACUCACUCAUACUUGUCAAGCAGUUGCCUAUUUUAGUCUAAUGGUCAUUAAUUGAUACAUUUCAUCUAUAAACGGAUAAUUGGUCAACUAUGUUGGAACAAGGCUACUUUGCCUAAUAACUACCAAAUAAAAUCUAAAAACUACUCUUAAAAGUUCCGUACCAUAGAACUCUAGUAGGUAAAAUAACAAUCCAGAAAAACUGAUUGGUUUUCGAACUUAGAUUGUAUUAAGAAACUCCUUGGGUUGUGAAUAAAUAUAACAUUUUUUGCAUAGAAAAGGCGUUUUAGUCCUGGUAGUAAAAAAUACCGAAUCGCUGUCAGAGCUGAGCCGCAAUACAUCUCGCGGGCUUUGACUGCAAAUAAAUAGUUGCUAGGAGUAACAGUUAGGUAGGUUUUGUAAAAAAAUAUAUAAAACUGGCUACAUUGCGACUAGACUUAAAUAAAGACAUUGCAACAUACUACAUAGUGUAGGCUAAGUUUCAUCUUUCGGUGCGGAACUUUUCAAAUGCUUAACGCCCACUUAUUAAUAUCAUCUAGGUCACCAAUCAGAGUUGCGCCGCGCUGUAUAUCUUCAAAAUGCCAUUAUAUUAUAGUACCACAUAGUAAUGAGUACUUGGUGCGAAUCGUUUUAGGAAAGUGUUAUCGUCUAGUUGGCAGUAGUUUAACACCCUCGUCGUCCCACGCUCCGCGAUACCUUGAAGGUGCCCGAUUCUGCUGACAUCCUGCAAGAGGGUUAGUUUACAUAAACCUAAUGUGUUUACAUACUUCGAUGAAUGGGGGUGCUUGUUCCUUCAAUUAACUGUUAAGUUGUAUGUGUCUCCUUGUAAUUCCCUUGAUAAGAGCUAGUGUCAAGACAGAGAGGUAGGUACAGAAAGUAUAAUUUUAUAGGGAUCAGUGUUGAAGACAGAUCUGCUUUGGUAGGAGGUAGAUUUUAGCUAUUCAAUAAAUUAGGGUAAAAUAACUUUAAAUGAUCGAUCGUACUAAUUAGUAUAGUUACGGAUAAGUUAGUUAAGUUAGUUAGGAACACCGUGUUUAAUGUAACUAGUACAUUGAAGCACUCUCUUAUUAUUUCCGUACCCUUUAUUUUCACCCAGUCUUUAGUUUCUUUGGUAUUAGGUAUGAUUUGAUAGGAUUAAUUAGAUGUAAGUAGUUAGUGUCUUGUAUCUUUAUUUUGAAGCAGUUUGCGAUAAUAUUGUUUAGCUUGCCCAAUUUAAUCUAAAAAAACACUCUCAGUGCGUGUUAAUGAAUGGGUUGUAGUAUUUCAUUGGGUUUAACUUACUUGGUCUUUAUACAACUUUGUUGUGUAUUUUAUCUUUGUAGACUCUGCUUUACCUGGCUCACUCUGACUGUCCUCUUUGAGCACAUCUUUGACUUAUGGUUCAAUAUGUUCCACAACUCAUUCAUUGACACCAUUACCAUUUCGAUACUGAUCCCCUAAUGUAUUGCCGUAAACAAUAGGAAAUUCGUUUUUAAGAAUAAGUGAAAGCUUUGUUAUUAUAAUUUUUGUAUUUAAUUUCGAUGAACUAUGAUUUUACAAACGCGUGCGUUCAUAGACGAGCAAUACCCAGAUCUAUGAUAGUUAUAAGAGAGAUUAUAUUAUAUUUUUUUGAUUCCGAUAUAAAUAUCUAAUACAUUGGUAUGUUCGGUACAUUGCAAUCACUCUGUAUGUGUAAGUUUCUCGUAGCUGUAUUAUUUCAGUGGGUCGUAGCCUGAUGAGCGUCUCCUCACUGUAGGUUAAUGAUUUAGGAUAAGUAUAGUGAUGUACUAAUUACCAUCGCAAUUGAUAAUGACUUUAAUAUACGGUAUAUGGUACGUACGAACGGGAAUAGCAACGAUCAAGCGACAUGCGUUCGUACUGUUACAAAAGUGAAUACGAAAAUCAGUAUGCUAUACCGACACGCGGAUUAUGACUUUAUAAAAAUUAUGGCGUUUUAGAACAAUUAACUAAAAGUAUUUUAUGAACGAUCAAACGCCAUACGGAUACGACUUGCGCGUGCCAUGUGCAUUUUAUGAAUAACUCCAAUUUUCUAACCUAAUUAUUCAUAGUUCUGUUAUUUAAUUUAACUCACCUAAAGUUUCGACGUUCACAUAAAAAUAGCUAAAUACACAUGUAAGUAAAUUAAAUUUUGUCUUUAAAAAGUCAGGAAAAUAAUUAUUAUUCUUUAUAACUUUUUGUGAAAUAACUGUUCGACAAUAGACUUACACAUGGCUACGAUAAAGUGCUCUAAAAUAUAAUUUAGAGUGGAUGACGAAAUAACAUCUUUUUCGUCCAAACCCAUGUCAACCAGUGAAUCACGAUAGGAUCAUAAGUUAGGGUUAAAGAAGUAAUUUUAGGAGACUGCAAUACAAGUCUGACACGGUGGGUAAAAGGGUAAAAGUCAUAAUAUUUAAGUUAAAAUAAGUUAAGAAACCGAUACGAGCUACUAAUUUAAGAAAAUGGAGAUCGAAUGUCAGGUUACGAACGACAGUUGACGAAUAAAGGAUGUAAUGAAAAUUACAUAAAGUUUAUAUCUAGAUAAUAUAACUUAUUUUAGUCUAUUUAAGUAUGUAAUAACAACAAUAACGAACUCUAUGUGGUUAACAGUAGUGUGUAGUUUUAUGUUUAAUUUUGGUACGAAAGAUCGUUCGAGUGACAUGAGUGGAUGUCGGAUGAUAUUACAAUAUAUCAUGCUAUGUACGAUGGUGCAACUGGAUUUAUAUUUACGUUCUUAGGGUACAUAGGGUAAAUAGAUAUAAGAUAAGGUACAGUGAAUGAUUAAAGAACAAGAAUGAAAAUAUGGGCUGUUAGCAAAACGGUGGUAGUCGUAAAAAUUUUGUUUAUGUUUCGUAUAACAAGCGAUGUAUGAACGAUGGUACUGUAUAGUGCCAUGCUAUGAAUGAUUUUGCAAGUGACGGGGUUGAGUUUAUUUUCAUAGGAUAACUACGAUAGUUCAUAGAUAUAAGUUAGACUUUAGUAUAGAAUAAUAAUCACAUAAUUCAAUCAGAUUUAAUAUACGGACUAAUCAAUUGUGUUAGAAAACGCUGAAUUGUGUACUUCGAUAUAGAACUCAGUGUUUCCUGACUAAGUAGUGAAUAGACUAGUAAAGAGUUGAUGGACGAAGGUUGUAUGAAAGAGAGAUGGGUGAUUGCCUGCCAUGACUUCUGCUCAUUAAACUUAUAAUACUUUGAAGAGCAGAAUUGAUGUUGAGUUUAUGCUAGCUUAUCAUUUUUGUAAGGAAUAAAUAAGUUGAGUAUCAAGAAGCAAUAACCCAAAUUUAACCCACCGUAAACAUCGUAAUACUUGCCACGCGCUGCAGUCUCAUUAGUUAUUUAAAUACAAAUAGUUUAUAACAGAAUAGUUUUUAGGUUAACUAAUCAGAUUGGACAUACGUACGUGCGUUUAAUAAUCUCACUAUUUAGUUAAAGAAACUGCAAUAUAAUUUAAGUGAAUUCAUGUAUGAUGACGACUGUAAUAAGAUAAGCGUAGGACACACUUUUAACUAGCGAGUGAAUGCGCGACACACGAGUUCACAACGCUGAGAGACAUCAACUACAUACAUAUAUCAGUAUAUAUAAGGUAUAUCAUCAGCAUUAGCUUAAACUCGACGUAACCCUCUUUCAUAGCGCGCCACAACAUACGAUUCCCCGCGAUCCACAUUCAACUACCGGCUAACUACGGCUACGGGCCGUGUGGUUCCCGGCAGAGAAUUGGGCCACUCCAUGUCAUCCUAGGAUGUCGUAAAAGGCGACUUAGGGAUUUCGGGGUCUUACGAUCUCAGACCCCAAGCUAAAAGACCCAGAGAAGUCGGUGCAGCAACAUCAGGUUUAGUCCAGUAUCUGGGUCACCAACCAUCCUGCCCAACGCAACACGAUGACUAUGGGCAAAUUCCAUCGUUUGUAACAGAGACACCGACAAUCAUGAACACUUUAAAAAAAGUGAAUCGGUUCGCUCGUGUUCUCGCUAGCUAAGACAUGUCCAUCGCUCUAGGGAUGAUAGUGUGAACAUUUGAAUGCAAUGGAUGAGUAACACCGCUCCAUACCUCAUAGUUUGUAAGUCGUAGGAUAAACGUAUUUAUAGGAAAAUACGAAAGCGUAGGAGACACGUUAGAGUGUUAGUGUGGAAGGGCUGAGCGAAUGUGAUGGUUGAUUAGUUUUAGUCAUUUAGGCAUAAUUUAGUUUAAGAAGUAUGAAUGAGGAUGAAUGAAUGACUUGAAGUAAGAAUCUGAGACAGGGAUUAGUUCAUUAGCGUAGUCUGUAAUGCUAGCUUCUAAUAAACCCAAGCAAUAAACUGACAACCGUAGUGGAUCAGGACACCCUUGCGUGCCAAUUGCCGCAACAUCCUGAUAAGGAGUAGAACAGUAGAAUAGGCGUAGCAGCGAGAAGACGAACGAGGAAGGAAAUAAGGUCAAAUAAUAAGCUUGAAUGCGUGAUGUAUGAGAGCCUGGAAAUUAGGAAAUGCACAUAUGUAUGUUUAACAUGAUUACCGUUAACAAUUUUAGAAUAAUUAGAUCAUAAUUAAUAUUAAGUAGCGGUAGGAGAACAGUUUCGGGAUAAAUGUGUAAAUGAGUUUAGUAUUAAUAUAACUUAGUUAUAACUAACAUAGUAAAAAUAAUUUUAUUUAUAGAUAGGUUUAGAUUUAAAAAGUGGUCAUGCGCGAAGUUUGAAUGAUAUUGAUGAAUGGGCCAAUAUAUCGAAAUAAAGGCUAUAUAUAUAGUAAUAUAAUUAAUUGUAGAAUUGCAAUAGUGUCGUAUAUUAAAUCUGAUUAUAUAAGGAUUGUUAGUUUUAGAAUUAUUUUUGGUACGAAACAACGAUUGGUAGGAUAUAGUUGAAAGAGAUAUGACUGAUUGUGUGUAUGCUUGAAACCUUAUAUGUAGGAUUAAUAGAAUCGUAAUCAUAAAGUUUGUAAAAAUAUAGGACCUAAUAUGUAGUUUAGCUAUUAUAAGUAGGUAAUACUUAAAGUUCAGAUCACUCCCAGACUUCCCUUUAUUAGUAUAAUGUAUGAAUGGAUGAUAUGAAUGAGAAACAAAAUUUUAGAUUUAAAGUAGAUCAAUAAGGUAUAUGGCGACCUUAGCUUACUUGGCAGAAUAUACCACUAGGUAGACGUGAGAGAAACAUAUAUGAGAAAAUAUAUUGGGGUAUAGAAAAUUAUUGCAACCUACUAUAAAUUCAAAAUCGAAAUAUAUGAACAUUUUUUUAUUAUUUAUUUUACAUUUUUACAACUAAACAACAGUUAUCAGUAGAAUUAAUAUUUUUAUGUACGCGGUUGAGUGAAGAGUAUCAUGCGUGAGUGGUAUGUGCUAACAAGUUUCUAUUGUUGCCAUAUGUGAUGGCAGCUAUAACUUCCCGUACCUGAAUAGCUAUUACUUAGGAUACUUAUCUUUAUCUAGAGUUAGGUGAUUCAACUGGUUUUUGUUUUGUGGUGGUAUUAGUACAUUGCUAGGUAGAGAUUAUGUUUUGUUCAAGGGGGCUGCAAUUUACCGAUUCAUUUACCCAUAUAUUGACUAUGUUGUGGCCCUGGCUGCAAGAAAUCGUACCAAAGUAUUAUUUGUUGUGUCGUAGGAAAGCUAGAAAGUCGCAAUAUUAUGUUGUAAGAGAAGAUUAGGUGCGUUCACCAUAAGUAGUAACAUCGGAGCUGGAUACUGGCAGCGGGGCACUGAAAUAUUAGUAUAUGCUCCGAUAAAUAAUUUAGCUAAAGCGGUUGCGACUGUUCUUGUGCCCGCUGCAGCCUAGGCUGUGGCCACCCAGCGUUGGUUUACCAUCGCCGUCGCGGUGUCGUGCCGCAACGUGUCAGCCCUGACGAGCCAGUGGCGCAGCCGUCGCAGCGUACGCGGGACUGUCGCACGUGUGUUGCUCGUAUGUUGUCAUGUAUGAGCCACUCCUCCAUUAGAGCGGACGCAUUGACGACUCGUCAAGGGCGGCGGUACACGAGUGCGAUAAAAGCCUCGAUUCCGACCCAAGUGACACUCUUUUAACUGUACAAGGGUCCGAUGUUGUCGCAGCGGUUGGUGGAAUGCCACUUGCAAGACCAUCUGCUUAGAACGUCGUGCCACUAAACUAAAUCAACAACUUGUAGCGCCCCGGUUCCGAUGAGUAGGACUAGAAUAAGAUAAAUAUAAUUAUGUAUAAGUAGAGUAAGUAGUAUAAGGAGAAUAAGUUAGUCGUAAGUAGUAAAUAGGCGCAACAUAACUACGAAACAAGAGUAGAACGCGAAUAAUUUAAGAUUUAUGUCAUCAAAUCCUCGCUCGCUCUUACUUUUGAGUAGUCUGGGAACGGCAAUCAAUUAUUGAAAUCUAACAAUAUAGACCAGUAGAGAACAAUAUUUAAUAAAAAACAUAUUAAUUGAUAUACUUGCAAGAAAAAUGCACAGCUUAUUCAUGUUUUGAAAAUAGAAUUAACAGAUUCAAAAAUCCUAAAUUAAAAAAAACAAUCACUGGCUUUGUCCCUUGACCGCUCGUGGGGAUCAUAUGUCAACAGUUCAAAGUUCUUUACUGAAAUCCACAGACACUGUAAUAACGGGGUACUUUUCAUAUACAAUAUAUUGAUGAACCUGACUAACUUACUAUCUUAUUGCUAAAUAUCUUAUUGCUAAAUAAACUACACCUACUUAUAAAUACGUGUUACAAUCCGAUGACAAAAUAAUAGAAAAAUCACAACUUUCCAAAAUAGACAGUGCUGUUGGACAAAAGUCUUGGAACAGUGACAUAUCAUCCCUAAACCAGUAUUAUGUUGCGUCAAAUCGCUAGAUAGCAAUACUUUGUUGAAAAGUUGUUACGUUAGUUAUCUUAGCAAUACCAGCAUUGGAAUCUAUUUACCUUUCUAUGAAAAAACUAAAAAAAAAACAAUUGUUCUUCCAAUCACAUGGUCAUAUAAAUGUCACUUGAAUAAAACUUUCUUGAAUCCUAAUCAACCUACUGAUUAUACUCAAGUUCUAGUUCUGCGAAUAACAGUAUCCACAUGUCCCAUCGUUAUUUAAAAAUAUCCUAUAUCUAUAUCUAGAACAUUGUCAAUAUUUACCAAAUAAUUUCAAAUACCUAUGAUUCGAAGAAAUUUGAUAAAAAUAUACCAAACACAUUCAGUGAUAUUUUGGCAAAGAAAAAUACUAAUGAUAAAAAAUUAAAUGAAAUCUCGAAAAAUGCGUCUAUUUUCAAUGGCAGUAAUAGUUUCUAUGCGCUGGUAUUGCUUUGUCUACAUUUCGUUAAA